AUGGCCGGAUCAAUAACCAAACCUAAGAAGCCCAAGUCCAAGCGGACGCCAGUCCGGCUGCGGCACAAGAUCGAAAAAGCGUCGGCCUCCAAGCAGCGCAAGGCGAGAAAGCUCGCCAAGAAGAACCCAGAAUGGCGAAGCAAGCUGAAGAAGGACCCCGGAAUUCCAAACCUGUUCCCCUACAAGGAGAAGCUCCUGCACCAAAUCGAGGAGGAGCGCAUUCGGAAAAAAGAAGAACAGCAGCGCCGUCGCGAGGCGGCCAAGGCGGCCAGGACUGCUGAGGCUGAGACGGCGAACGGGGGUGUCGAUGCGGACAUGGAGAAUGAUGGGAUGGCCGAGGAUUUUGAGGGAGAGGAUGUCGACGACGCAAUGGACGAGGACGAUAGCGACAUUGACGAGUCGAACCCGCUCGCUGCCCUCAUCGCCAGCGCCAAGAAGGCGGCCGAGAAGUACGACAAGGAGCUGCAAAGCGGUGAUGAGAUGGAUGAUGACGAGGACGAUAGCGGCGACGAUGACGAGGAGGCCGGGGUCAUCGAGGUCCAAGGCGGCGCGUCCUCGCGCAAGGCCUAUGACAAGGUCUUCAAGCAGGUCGUCGAGCAAGCCGACGUGGUGCUCUACGUACUAGACGCCCGGGACCCCGAAGGCACGCGCUCGCGCGAUGUCGAGCGGGCCGUUCUAGCCGCAGCCGGCGGUGGGAAACGGCUCAUCCUGAUCCUCAACAAGGUCGACCUGAUCCCGCCCCCCGUACUCCGCGGCUGGCUGGCCCACCUCCGCCGCUUCUUCCCCACGCUCCCGCUGCGCGCGUCCAAUCCGGCGGCCAACGCCCACACCUUCAACCACCGCGACAUCACGGUGCAGAGCACCAGCUCGGCGCUCUUCCGCGCGCUCAAAUCCUUCGCCGCCGCGCGCAACCUCAAGCGCGCCAUCUCCGUCGGCGUCAUUGGCUACCCCAACGUCGGCAAGUCCAGCGUGAUCAACGCCCUCCUCGCCCGCCUCGGCGGCAGCGGCAACGGCCGCAACCAACGCACCGCCUGCCCAGCCGGCGCCGAAGCCGGCGUCACCACCUCCAUCCGCUCCGUCAAAAUCGACAACCGCCUCACCUUGCUCGACUCCCCGGGCAUCGUCUUCCCGUCCACCAACCCCGAUUCUUCUUCUUCCUCCUCCUCAUCCAUUUUCAUCCCCAAAAACCCCACCGAAGCGCACGCCCACCUCGUCCUCCUCAACGCCAUCCCCCCGAAACAAAUCGACGACCCCGUCCCCGCCGUCACCCUCCUCCUCAAACGGCUCUCCACCACCCCCGAUCUCAUGACCCGCAUGACCCAAGUCUACGACCUCCCCCCCUUACUCACCAGCCCCGACAGCGGCGACGCAACGACCGAUUUCCUGAUCCAAGUCGCGCGCAAGCGGGGCCGGCUCGGCCGCGGUGGUGUGCCGAAUGUGUACUCGGCUGCUAUGACGGUUGUGACGGAUUGGCGGGAUGGGAGGAUUCAAGGGUGGACCGAGGCGCCGGUGGUGCCGGUGGUGGGGGUUGCGGGCGGGGAGGUGGCUGGGGAGGAGGUGAUGGCGGAUCGGAAGGUUAUUGUGACGCAGUGGGCGGAGGAGUUUAAGUUGGAGGGGUUGUGGGGGGAUGAUGAGGGGAGUGGGGAGGGGAAUGAGGUCGAGAUGCAAUGA